GUCGUCUCAAUUAGUGUUUUUUCAACCGGUAAGUCAGCUUCUUUUGUUUUCCAUAUCGCAUACUUUCAUUCACUAUUGUUUAUUCGUAAUUAUUGGCGUCAAAUAUACUUUCACUUAAUCGUUUCGCACGCAUUAAUUUUCAUUUUUUUUCCUGCGUCUAUAAACUAACUUUUCUCUGUUUUGGGGGCCUUUCUUUUUUUCUUUGUUGUCGCGCUAGUCCCAGUUCGCUUUCGAGCAGUACCAACGUUAUUCAUUUCGUCUUCGAACAGUGUUUGCUCGUCAAGUGCAGUUUUGUAGUAAUCGUAACAAUGUAAGUAUCGUCGUUUCAAGUUGGCUGGAUUUCUCUCCUACUGACCUUUACUUAAUCAAUUGUUUUAAUUUUGUAUUUUUUAUUUUCAACCCACAUCGUUCACCCACACCAAUAAAUUGGUUUUUUUUAUCAGUUUAAUCUUGGUGUUGGAAGGUUACGGUUACCGCAUUCGCAACAAAUACCCUAAAAUUACUCAAUUUGGAGCAAACUUGAUCAGAUCCUCCAUCGCUAUGGACUACUAACUUGCGAGUAUUUUCAAAAAUCUUUUUAUUCAAGGAGCAAAUGGUUAAAAAAUUAUUAUUUUGAUCAAACCAUUCCUCUCCGUGUUGAGAACAAAAUUAGCAUAAAAUGCCGUUUGACCGCUCACGCCAUCGUUCAAAGCAGAUUAAGCAGAUAACUUGGCCCUGCACUGUUAGGACAAAGUUUGUUCCCAAACCUGGGCCCAGGUAGACUUGAUUGUCGCAGCUCUCUUGGAUCUGUUCUCGUGCGUUGGCUUCGUGCAGCGGCUGCAGCUGGUUAUCGAGUCAAUAAUACGUCAUCCGGGUUGAAUAAUUAUGAUUUAAUCAUAGGAUAAUUCUUUUAAGGGAAUUAUUGACCGCGACGAAGAAGACACGAGGUAGGUAAUACUUGUGCGUUCACCAGAUAGUUCCAGAUACCAAGGUUGUUUUUAUUUCCAUUUUAUCCGCAUCGUAUGAAUGAACGAGAAUAUCACUUAGUUGACAGAUCUCUAUUUGCAUCCUCGGCAAGUAAAACUCAAUAGGGUGUGUAAAAGUUACCCCACUAUUGCGCGUUUCGCCAACAGACACAAGCAGGAAAGGAUGGUCUUUUUUUUAUAAGGUAAAAGCUUUUACAUUUCGAUUAUUUUGCUUUGUCUGCAAUCUUCUCCAAUUUCCGCUCGAACAACUAUUAAGGUCUGUGACUCAACUGAAUUUACAGCUUCAUGGACAAUAUCAUCACAAAGCAUUCAAAUACAGAAACCCACUUUGGAGCAAAUCUGAAGAGAUCCUCCAUCGCUUUUUCGAGAAUCUUUAAAUUUAAGAAGCAAAUGGUUAGAAAGUAAUUAUUUUGAUCAAAUCGUUCCUCUCCGUGAUAGGAGCAAAAUUUGCAUAAAUUCCUGUUUGACUGCAAACGUCACCCCUCAAAGCAGAUAAAUAAAAUAUUGUUGACCAUUCGUGAGCUUGACAAUUUCUUAGAAUUAUUUAUAGUACACUACUUGCAAAUUAAAGUAAUAACAUUAUCAACAUAGCUUACAUUAUGUGGAGAAAUUACAAAACUAGUUUAAUUACCCUAACCAAGUUUUGAUGAUCGAAGUAAUGACAUAACAUGAGUUUUAUUUCCCUCAGUUCAUGGUGAUAUAUGUUUUAGUUAUGUCAAUUCGUAUGUUAUUUGUAAUGCUUUUUUUCUUUUGUUUUGUCCUUUUGUUUUAUUUCUUAUUAUACCCCAAUAUCAUGUACACGGACGGAGCAGCAUUUAAUGUUGUUGUCUCUGUCGCUCGCAGCUCUGUACUCUCAGCCGUGAAACUGUGUAAAUACAUUUAACUUUUUUUCACAAAAUCCUUGAAACUAUGUAAAUACAUUGUGACGUAUAAUUUUCUUUCGUUUGUUUUUCUCGUUUCUUUUAUUUCGAAGAAUACCUCAAUAUCAUACACACGACUGGAGCAGCAUCUAAUGUUGUUCUCCCAUCCGCUCACAACGGUGAUCAUAAAACUAUGUAAAUACAUAUAAAUUUUUGCCACAAAUUCAAUGUAACAUCUAGCUAAGAGGCGAUGAUUGAGAAGACGAUCCUAUCACGGAUAUGGUGUUAUAUGACUUAGAGAUGAAAUUCUAAAAUUUUCAUUCCAAUUAACAAGAGCAAAGUAAAGCUGCAUUCUGGUAUGAAUUUUGGCUCACCAUGACGACUACAAGAGGGAAUCUCGAAGGCCCCGAAGCAGUUCAUUUCAACGCUCGGUUGAAAUGAAACGCGCGAGAGGUUACGCGCGCAAGUAUAAGGAGCUUGCGUGACUGCCUUAUCACGUAGUGUCAUAGGCUCAACGUUUCGGGUCAGUUGUGGUCACAUCCUUGAAAGCUAACAAUUAAUAACGGUAAAAAGACUGAGUGGAGUCCAUAUCGGUCUCGUGAUUAACAAAUCGGACUCCUGCUUUGCGGUUGCCCGAUUUUGUUAAUCAUUCAGGUGUUUACAGACAGAAUUGGACGACACGAGGGUCUGUUACCAGUCAAUCAAAACUACGACAAAAUUUGAGAAAAAAACUAGACGUCGGUUAUAAAUUUUCAGAACCUGAAUCGAGCAAUUGAGUAAAAACAAACUUUCCGGACAAAAUUUUAAAACGGAAAUAGUGAUUGCAUGCAAUAUGGAAAAGAGACAAGAGAAGGUAGCCAUAAUAAAGGUUUCUUACUCAUAGUUAACCUCUAUUUCUUUCCGCAGACGAAACGCAGAUAGGUAUAAGUUUUUCUUUUAAUUUUGCUGUUUUCUUCCAUUGAAAAUAGUGCAAUUCCCGAUAUCACCAUGGCAAAGUUUGGGUUAUCGUUCUCUGGAGGCGGAGUCCGGUCAGCGGCAUUCUGUUCAGGAGUGUUGCGCAGACUGCUGCAGAAGGAGGUGCGAAUAGACUACCUGAGUUGCGUGUCUGGGGGCGGUUACACAGGCUCUGCGUACGUCGACUGGAAAUACAGGCAUAAUAAGAAAGAUGACAAGAAAUGGCAUCAGAAGUUCUUUAAUCACAUGAGGGAAAAUGUCGGCUUAGUUUGCAGUUUUCAAAAUCCCUGCCAAGGUAUUUUCGACUGCGUGAUCUUUUGUGCUCUAGCAUUAUUCAUCUCUGUCAUCGCGCCUUUCAUAAUUUGGGGAUCAUUCGCACAUCCGCUGGCCUAUAUUAUCGAUUACCUCUUUGGCAGAAUUUUGAGGGGUGGCAGUCGUCCGUGUCCAGAAGAGGUCAGGUUGAAUCCAAACACAACCCUCGACGAUUGCCUGCAGAAUCGUAAGAAUGCGGACAAAAUUUACGAUCGCGUUCUACUCUUCUUCGUGCCUGCUCUCCUCGCCUUCAUAUUCUACGUCUUGAAAAGACGCGUCCAAAGAGGAGAAGGUCUUUUCAAUUGGCUCUCGCUCUUCAGUUUAAUGAUGUUUGGAAUUCUGUUUUUUCCCUGGUUUUUAAACAUUUCCCUGCGACUUGUACCAGACUUUUUGAAAGGGUUGCUCCUUGUGCCAAUGAUCUUUUUUUGGUUUUUAUUUCCUCGCCUGCGUGACAAUGCAUCACUGGUAUUCGUCUUGUAUCUCUACUCGUUUGUCAUCCACUUCAGAGUGUAUCGUAUAAAUGCCUUUGGCAUCCUCUACGAUGAUCGCAUCUUUGAUCAAGCAUUUGCAGCAUCUAUACUUCUAAUGUGGGCUGCCCCUUUGGUUAUAGCGAUACAACAAAGCAUUGUUCAUAUUUAUGUCAGGUGAGGAUAAGUGAGCUUAAUUUUUCAAUGCUGUUCGUAUCUCUACUGUCACGGGGUUGUGUGCGCGGUUAAUUCAAACAGUGAGGAAGCGAUGGAAAAGAAGUUGUGGUUGUCCUUUGUUUGGAAAAAAUUAUUACCAUAGUGCAAACAUCACGUUACUUACAACCGGAUGUAAAAAGAUUGGUUUUGAAGUUUAAUUGAGCCUGAAAAUUUCAAUGUUCCGCAUUCAAUAACAGCUUUUGUUUUAUUAACUACAUCUUUCUACAGAUGGAUCAUCCAAAAGGCAUUUUAUCAUCCAAACACCAUUGGCAAAUGCGGUUGUAGUGGCAUAUCGUGGCGUAACCUUUUCCUUUUCUGUCCAGCCCUCGACGAAUCCCGGAUGAUCCAAAACAUACCCCGUAAAAAGGCUUUGACUUUAGAUGAUUUAGAUGACCUUACACCCACCUACAUCGGGUGCACCACUGUUAAUAGAUGGAAACGCACCCCUUCCCCCAGAGAACCUCAUUAUGAGCUUCUCACCAUGUCCCCUCAGGGCAUUGAACGACUUGAUCGUCCUGGUGAUGAGCAGGGACUUCAUGGUAAGCUGAUGCCUGUCGAUGUUUACCUGUCUGAGGUAGCGGCAAAUUCUGCAGCUGCGGUCAACUAUGACUCAGGAUUAGCGCAAGGUGAUGAGGCGCCAUUUAGAAACUUUCUGGUCAUGAUUGGACUCUCCUUCGGUGCAUCUCUUGUAGCUGAUAAGAGGCACGAGAAGAGACGUCAUAUCUGCUUACAGGUAAUUAUGUUAACCGCGUAAAUUGGCGUGCAUUGCAUGAAAUUUGAAGCCUCCUCAUUGACCGAGCUAUACAACGAUCGAUGACUUACUGACUGACUGCCUGACUGUCUGACUCACUGGCUGACUGUUUGACUGGCUUACAGUUGAACGAUGACUGACUGACUGACUGACUGACUUACCGAUUUAACAUUCUGACGACUGAUCGACUGAAGAUUAAAAAAUUUAGAAAUGGAUUAACGAAAAGGUCAAUUUGUAUGAAUAGUUUCUUUCAUUCAUGUUCACUCUAGAGUCUUCCUAUUGUAAUAGAACUCCUCCGAGUCGUUCCUUUGGUGUUCACUCUUGUCCUCUAUGCGAAGAAUGACGGUGAAAAAUUUUUGAUAGCAGGAUUGCUGAUACACAUUGGUAUUACCGCAUUAAUAACCUUGUUAGGGUUAAUGCCAACUGGAGCAAAAAAUCCUGGAAGAUUGGAACGACUUGCCAGGUAAUGGUUUGCUUACAUGUCAAGCGGAGACUAUGCGCGCGUAACGCUUUAGCGGAGUCCCAUACCAAGGGCACUCUGGUUUUAUUUCUACAUGAUCAUUAUGGACAUAUUGUGGGAGAAAAAGUGACCCACUGAUUAGCAUUUUCUAGUCCAUAACCACAAUGGAAUGUAUUAUACCUGAUGUUUAACCUAUUUGUGGAUAUAUCACCUUUUCUUGAAUUCAAGGGACGUAUCAGGUCAUUUUCCCGCGGUGGUGUAUCAAACUAUAGGGACAGUUACCAUUGGCGGAAAUUGUGCACCCUGAUAGGUGCUAAGAUUAGGGGAAACGGGGACGCGAUAUUUGAGAGUUAACGGGAAGCGUGAGCCACGCAGGUUCAAUAGAUCGUUUUCAUAUGACGUGUCACUGAGAGCAUCGUGGUAACCAAAACAUAAAAUUCUCCACCACAUUGGUGUAGGGGUAGUCGUGUGGGAUUUGAACCAUUUUAAGUAUACAGUAAACAUUUCCUUUGUUCCAGUUAAUUUACAUCGCUGCUCACUACGUGAUUAAAAGUGUCCUUUAUAGUGGAAAUCCAAAAUGGUGGGUCUCUGAUUUAAAACGAUGAACGCAUUUCAAGGUUCCUCGCUCGUAAUUUCAUUUUAUGAAAGAAAAAUCAAAUAACUUUUUCUCGACAGAUGGUUGACAAUCAAUACCCUUGGUGGUCACUAUCAUCGUAAAGCGAUGAAUGUCAUAAAUGUUGGACCCAGCCCGCCGGCUGUUUUGUCCCUAAGUGAUGGCGGCCAUCUUGAGAAUCUUGGCAUUCUCCCCUUACUGAAGCUGAGGCUUAAAAAGAUCGUGGCAGUCGAUGGAGGAAACACUAUUCUGGAUCAAGACUACGCGGACGCCCUAUUAACUGCUCUGGAUAUGGCUAGGAAAAAGUUAGGCUGUUCAUUUUCAGCCCUGGAUGGACGAGAUAUCGCUGAGGAUAUUCGGGAUAACUUCGUUGAGAGGAGCCCUGGGUCACAGCCAAGCAGCUACAGGUACUUGAUGUAAAUUUUGAUGGAUAAACACUCUUUUUUGUUUGUUUCUUUUCAAGGUAAUCUUUGAAAAUAUAUUUGUUUAAGUUUCAAAUAGUCAAUUUUUUCAUCCAUUUUAGAGCGAAUGGAUUUUGGGAAUAGCUGAUUUUUAUUUUCGGGUGUAAUCUUAAUAUAGCAAAAAAAUUAAACAUGUACCUCUUAAUAAUUAAAUUUAUAUAGCGCAGACCUCUAUGUGGAUAUAUUCAGUGGCGCUUCACAAUAUUGUCAAAGUAAAAUUACGUUAAAAGCAUGUUACCUCUUACAUGGUUUACAGGAUUGUUUUUCUCUUAUGUGCUUCCAGAUUCAAAGUUUAUUAUUAUGAAAAGAAUGUUAACUGCGACGGAAAGACCAAAGUUGGCGAAGGAGAAAUUCUCUAUAUAGCUCCUAGGCAUCCAGGCAAAAGGGUGAAAACCACGCCUUACGUUACAUGGGAGCAAGCGUUGCGUGACAUCGAUGAAGAUCUCGAGGCAGGCCUUUGGGGCGCUGGACCUCAGUUAUCAUCAGAGGAGGCCGAUAGAUUAACAUUCUGUUGCUGUGAAUGUUGCCAUGGAAACACGUGUCGUGGCUUGUCCGAAGCUAUGUGUGGGGUUUUUCCACAACAUAGUACUGCUAAUCAGUUGUUCACGCCGACGCAGUUCUCCGCCUAUCACAGGGAGGGAUAUCGCGCUAGCAUGGAGGCUAAAGUAGCUCAGUUUGUGUCCGAUGAAAAGGAAGUUACUUCCGCCCCAGGAACUAACAUCGUAUAA